UCAUGGAAUCUGGACAGUGGAAUCUGUAAGCCAUGGAGUUAGAGCACUUCGAACUCGAGAAAGCCAUCCUGGCCUAUCGACGGCGCUGUCCGCCAAAGCCUUGCUGCAAGGCCGUGCUCUGCAAGACCUCUGCAGUGCGCGGAGGCCUGCGAUGCGUUGCCAUCUCAGACACACACAUGCUGCACGACUCUUUGGAGAUGCCUGCCGGUGAUGUGCUGAUCCACUGCGGAGAUUUCACAAAUGAUGGGACGUUGGAGGAGUGCCGGCACUUUUGCAGCUGGGCGGCGGCUCUGCGCUUCAGGCACAAACUGCUGGUUUGUGGCAACCAUGACCUACCCCUAGAUGACGAGUGGUACUUGGAGCACUGGCAGGAGUGGCACCGAGAGGUCCAGUCCCCCGGAGAGGCACGGGACAUGUUGGAGGCUGCCGGCUUCCAGGUGUUGCAUGGCGCGGUGCGCAUCGAUGGCGUGCAGUUCUACGGCAGCCCUUUGCAGCCCCGGCAGCCAAAGAACCGGCCGCAGAUGGCCUUCGGCAGGAGGCGCGGCCAGGAGUUGAAGGAGGAAUGGGCCAAGAUCCCUGCAGAUGUUGACGUGCUUCUCACGCACACGCCGCCGGCACAGCGGUUGGACCUAGCCUCCUAUGAGAAGCGAAUAGGCUGCGAGGAGCUCGCCAAGGCGUUGCUUCGGGUGGCGCCGGCGGCCCACGUCUUCGGGCACGCCCACCGGGGUUAUGGCGUCCAGUUCUCUCAGAAGACGUGCUUCAUCAAUGCCGCGACUGCCUGCGACCGGCGUGGUGGGGAUGGAGAAAUCAACCCGCCCGUCGUAUUUGAGGUGGUGAAUCCGUAGCGACAAAUGAGCUCACAGCGAGCCAUCGCAUCCUGGAAAUGUUGUCUCCUGUCCAACAUCUUGCCAUGCUGUCUGGCCCCGGGACUGCGGGCGCGCUUACGCAGGUAAGCGCCCCCGAGGAUGAUGCAGCACCCAAGGGCAUUUUCGCUUUGCGUGGAGGCCACCUUUUGAGCUUGAGAAUAGGAGUUGCGCGUAAUUAGCAUCCGUCCGAGGGUCAUUCCAAGUGGUGAGAAAGUCCACGUCCUGAGGAACGUCAGUGCUAGAUGCAAUC